CGCUCGAAAACGCAGCUAACGGUGCUAACAGCUGCUCGCGUGAGUUGUGUGACGGGCAGCCGGUGAUGGCGGAUGACGGUCGGCGGGGGGACGAAGAGGACCGCGGUCCCGGAGCUGCUCAUCAGGUGUUCGUGGUGAUGGAGUGUCUGCUGGAGAAGCUGAAGGUGUUGAACUACGAGGAGGAAGUUUUGUCCAAACACAACAUGAAAAACCUGUCCAGACAUUACUUUGUCUCCAGUCCUUAUCUGGCGUUCAACCCGGGCGAGCAGUUCUACAUGUUCACCAUCAUCGCGGCGUGGCUCAUCAACGAGGCAGGGAGGCCGUUCACAGAGCCUCAGGAGUACGACGAACCAAACGCCACCGUGUCCAAUAUUCUGGCAGAGCUCAGGGCUUUCGGUGUUAAGGUGGAUUUCCCACCUUCGAAACUGAAAUCCGGUUCAGGCGAAUACGUCUGCUUCGUGUUGGACCGACUGGCUGAAGAGGCUCUGAGGAGGAAGGGGUUCUCCUUCAGAAGACCAAACUACCCAACAGAAACCACAGAAGAAGAGUCUGUGAUAGAGGACGACGCAGAGCUCACACUCAGCAAAGUAGAAGAGGAGAUGAUCGAGGAGCCCGAUGAUGAGGAGGAGAACGUGAUGGACCUGGAGGCUCUGAAGCUACGAACCACUUACACUGAAGCAGAAGCGUCCUCCAAACCAGACGAGAUCCUGGAGUCGACGGUUGAUGCAGCAGAGUGGAACCUGGAGGUGGAGAGAGUCCUGCCGCAACUCAAAGUCACCAUCAGGACAGACAACAAGGACUGGAGGAUCCACGUGGACCAGAUGCAUCAACACAAAGACGGGAUCAAGUCCUCGCUCAAAGAGGCCAAGAGCUACCUGGACAAACUGCAGGAGGACAUUGGAAAGACUCUUGAGAAGGUGAGCAGCAGAGAGAAAUACAUCAACAACCAGCUGGAGCACCUGAUCCAGGAUUACCGCAGCGCUCAGGCCAAACUCAGCGAGGCGAAGGAGCGCUACCAGCAGGCCAGUGGAGGCGUGACUGAGAGGACCAGAGUCCUGGCGGAGAUCAGCGAGGAGCUGGAGAAGGUGAAGCAGGAGAUGGAGGAGAAAGGCAGCAGCAUGUCUGACGGAGCUCCGGUGGUGAAGAUCAAGCAGAGUCUGACCAAACUGAAGCAGGAGAUCGUUCAGAUGGACGUGAGGAUCGGCGUCGUGGAGCACACGCUGCUGCAGGCCAAACUCAAGAAGUCCAACAUGACGCGAGACAUGCACGCCACCAACAUCCCCGAGUCCGCCGCCGGGCUUUUUGCUUAGCUUCACCUCCACACAGGGCCCCUCUGUGAGCUUCAAUCUAUUAACACACCUCACAUUUCAAUAUGACACUUUUACUACGCAGGUUUUCAUUACAGAUUUACACGUUUAAGCGAUAUUUUCAAAAUAUUGCUAAAACUCAACGUGGAGCUGAC